AGUGGAGCAAAAAUCAACAUCUCUGAUGGCUCUUGUCCCGAACGGAUCGUCACAGUCACCGGGUCUGAAGAAAACAUCUAUAGAGCUUUCGAUUUCAUCUGUAAAAAGUUUGAAGAGGACCUGCAGAACACGCCAACAACGCCGAAGCCUCCAGUCACCCUCAGAUUGGUGGUGCCCGCUAGUCAGUGUGGAUCUCUGAUUGGGAAACAAGGGAGCAAGAUUAAAGAGAUCAGGGAGUCAACCGGUGCAUCCAUCCAAGUAGCCAGUGAAAUGCUCCCGAACUCCACAGAGCGUGCAGUGACGGUUUCCGGUACAGCCGACGCCAUUACCCAGUGCAUCAAGUACGUCUGCGGGAUAAUGUUGGAGUCACCCCCAAAAGGCGCCAAUCUUCCCUACAGACCAAAGCCCUUGCUCUCUCCGGUGUAUAUAUCAAAUGGCCAGGCUUUCACACUUCCA